AAUACUGCUGUUUAACACUUUUUGUAUUCCAGUCUGCUACUUGCUGCUGCUCCUGCUUUUCCUGCUUUUCUUCAACAGUUGAACAGUUGAACUUGUGGAUGUUCUUUCUCUUUCUCUCUCUUCUCUAAUAAACAGACCUUCUUUCUCCAUUUUACAAUCUUGAGCUUCUUCUUUGCGAAUUUCUUACUAUUGUAUAAUUUCAAUUUCUGGGUAUUCUUCCUUAAAUCCUGUUCUUUUGGUGAAUUGGUUUGAAGGAGUUCGCUGAAAUUUCCCAGAGAAGAGUAGAUCCUGAAAAGGGUUUUGGGGGGUUUAAAAUUUUCUGGGGUUUCAAAAUGGAGGCUGAAAAUGGAGAAUUUAAGUCUAAAAUGGAGGAUUAUGAAGUGAUUGAGCAAAUUGGAAGAGGCGCAUUUGGGGUUGCUUUUCUUGUUCUCCACAAAGCUGAGCAAAAGAAGUAUGUAUUGAAGAAGAUACGCUUAGCUAAACAAACUGAGAAAUUUAAGAGAACAGCUCUUCAGGAGAUGGAGCUGAUUUCCAAGCUAAACAAUCCAUACAUUGUUGAAUAUAAAUAUUCUUGGGUGGACAAGGAAUGCUGCGUAUGUAUCGUAACCAGCUAUUGCGAAGGAGGUGAUAUGGCUGAGAUCAUUAGGAAGGCUAGAGGAUCACAUAUCUCCGAGGAGAAAAUCUGCAAAUGGAUGACUCAGUUGUUGGUAGCUGUGGAUUACCUGCACUCCAACCGCAUACUUCACAGAGAUCUGAAGUGUUCCAAUAUCUUCUUGACAAAGGAAAAUGACAUUCGGCUUGGUGACUUUGGACUUGCAAAACUUCUCAAGCCUGAUGAUCUUGCUUCAUCGGUUGUUGGUACACCCAAUUAUAUGUGUCCUGAGCUCCUUGCAGACAUACCUUAUGGCUACAAAUCAGAUAUAUGGUCACUUGGAUGUUGUAUAUUUGAGAUUGCUGCACAUCAACCAGCAUUCAGAGCUAAUGACAUGGCUAGUCUGAUCAACAAAAUUAACCGAUCAAUUAUGACCCCACUUCCAAUUGUCUACUCCUCCACAUUGAAACAAAUUAUAAAGACCAUGUUACGAAAAAGCCCAGAGUAUAGGCCUACUGCUGCAGAAAUUUUGAGACAUCCUCACCUGCAGCCAUUUUUAGUCAGGUGUCGUGCUACAUCCCCAUCCUAUCUUCCCGUCAAGUCGCCAAACUCAAAGGAAAAGGCAGAAAAGACAUCUAGGAGACUUUCAUCUGGUAAAACUAAUAGAAACAAGGAUGGAAGAGAGAGUGAACAUAGAGCAGUAAAGCUGAUUGGAAAUUUUGAUCAAUGUGACAAGGAUGGAAGAGAGAGAGAACAUAGAGCAGUAAAGCCUAUUGGAAAUUUUGAUCAAUGUGACAAGGAUGAAAGAGAGAGAGAACAAAGAGCAGUAAAGCCAAUGGGAAAUUUUGAUCAAUGUGAAAAGAUUAGUGAUGCUAUGCCCAUCAAUCAGCAGAAUUGUUGUGACAAAUCAUCCACAUCUGCUACCUCUGAGGAAAACCUUGAAACGAAGAGAGUUGAUCUGGUGAGCUACUUUAAGGAUAGAUGUGAUGCCAGUGAAAGUUCCAAAUGUGAGUCUUCAGGCUGUAAUACAAGCUCAGAUGAGCUAAGUGGCUUAAAUGCUUCCAAGGAAAGUGGUGUGGAAGAAACUACAGCCGCAAAUACAUUUAGUAAUGAAUCCCUUCAACAAUGGGUAGAUGUUAAUGUUGAGAAUGAGAACAAACUAGAUUUAUUGGAGCUUUAUGACGUACAAGACCUUACUGACGAAAGUGAACAUAUCAAUCAAGUCAUGCGACAGAACAAUGGAAACACGUCAAUUUCCUGUGAAGAGCAUCAUUCGUCUAACAGCUCUCCCGAUGAUGGACCUACACCAUUGCCAGUGACGCAAAAUGAGCAUGUUGAACCAAGCUCUCAAAAGGAAACAGAAAAUCAUGAUAUUUGUAUAGAAAAUCAACAAACAGAGACAUCGCCUUCUGAGAAUGGCAAUUUGCUCCCAUCCAACUGUGAAGUUGGAGUAGAGACUCUCAACACUAGUUGCACCUUACAGUCAAGUAGUGGUAGUGAUGAAACAAUUAACCCAACACCAGCUGAAUUGUCUUUACUGAGGAGAACCCUAACAGCAAUGAGUGGUGGUCAAACCAGAGGGACUGAAGUUCCGACCCACCAAAGAGCUGAUGCUUUAGAAUCUCUCCUUGAGUUAUGUGCACGGCUACUUAGGGAGGAUAAGCUUGAUGAACUUUCUGGUAUUCUGAGACCUUUUGGUGAAGAAACUGUGUCCUCUCGGGAAACCGCUAUAUGGCUGACAAAAAGCCUGAUUGCAGCACAUAAAUCAGCCAAAGCUACCUCAGCCUGAUGUUUUAGAGCAUUUGAUUUGGAUUUGCCUUGUUCAUGACAUUGUGAUAUGUAAAAAUUUUGUGUGUGCGCGUGUGUGAGAUUCAGAGGGUUGGGUUCAUUCAAUGUAUUUGUGAAUUUUCUGAAAAAUGGCUGCUGUUUUGAAUUCUGUAAUCGUAAACCAGUGGUUGCUUAUUCUUAAUUGGAAGUGGCCUUCAACGAGAGGAAAUUAAUUUGCCAAAUUUGCUGAAAAUAACUAUAUCAAUGUGUCAAUUUCAUUUAUUUUUAAA